AUUGAGCCACAGUUGGCGUCGGAGUAAUAGGGAUUUGUGUUCGAAGUCGUAGUAGUGAUUUGUAGGGUUUCAGAAAGAGGAAAGUAAGGAAGAGUGAUGUCUUUUUUGUGAUAAUUUUAGCUUUCGUUCCUUUCCGAGAGCGUGAGUUUGUACGAGGGUUUAGCAGCCAUGCUUCGAGUCGUGAAGCCCAAGACGAAAAGGGCGAAGCGGGAGCUCGAGAAGCGGGCUCCUAAGCUUGAGGAGAACUCGAAGAAGCUAUUGCUCCUGCAUGGGACCAAGAGCACUACGCACAUCAAGCAAGCGUUGUCCGAUUUUUAUCACCUUCGCAAGGACAGUGGUAAGGCUAUCUAGUACACGAAGAGAAAUGACGCGAUUCGACCGUUCGAGGGCGGAGGCGAGACGUCUUUGGAGUUCCUUUCCCAGAAAACAGAUUGUAGCUUAUUUGCGUUUGGGUCACAUUCGAAGAAGCGACCUGAUAAUUUAGUUUUGGGGCGUAUGUUUGAUCACCAUGUGUACGAUAUGAUGGAAGUUGGGAUAGAGAAUUUCAAGUCCAUUGAAUCUCUCGGGGGACGGAAGAAGGCUUCACCGCAAGCUGGGUCGAAGCCAUGCUUUGCUUUUGUAGGUGAGAAAUUUGAAUCAGACCCUAAGUUUCGUCACUUCAGGGAGCUCAUAGUUGACUUCAUGCGUGGGGAGGUCGUCGAAACAAUCAAUCUUCAGGGAUUAGAUAGGGUUUUCCUCUGCGUUGCUGUUCGGGACAAAGUUGUUUUCAAGCACUGUGCAAUUAGUUUCAAAAAGUCCGGCACCAAAGUCCCUAGGGUGGAACUCAUCGAAUUUGGCCCUUGUAUGGACAUGGUUCUACGUAGAAACCGCGAGCCUAGCGCCGAUUUGUGGAAGGAUUCCAUGCGACUUGCACCGAAGACUACUAAGAAGAAGAUUAAGAAUGUGAGCACGGAUUCGUUGGCUGGUAAGGUUGGGCGCAUGUACGUUCCCGCACAGGAGGUGGGUGACAUGGCCCUGACUAAAAUGAAGGGGUUGAAGCGGGAGCGGAGGGCAACUGCUGUUGACAAGGCUGCUUCUAAGCAAGAUAAGAGUGACAGUGGUGUAAGUGAUGUGACGAUGGGGGAGACCGAGAAUGAGUCCUCUGCGUCUCCCAACAAAAAACUGAAAAAGCAAUGGUUAGAAAGCUGCUUAGGCAACGACAAUGAGCUUCAGAAUCUGUUUCGGUAAAUGAUUAGUGAGUAGCAGAUUUUUAGGGUAAAAUUGCCACGAAUUAGGAUUGGCAUUUUAUUGGGAGAAAACACAAUUAGAAAGUAUUGAGCACGGCUGUUUUACUUUUGGUCCAAGAGUUUUAGGCGCUAAUCAUCACAAUCUCAAGCGGGGAGGUUUACACAGACGGGGCGUGUGUUCGUACCAGCUGGCUUCGGUAAAGACCACGCAUAUGCUUCAAGCCUCAAAAGUCUGUGGCCCGGACGAAUUCUGCUAAUGCAAGUCCAACCAGCAUGCAAUGAGCUCGAGUUUUCUUCAACUCCCUCUGGAACUUGCAGAAUGACAGAGUUUGGCUCGUCAUGAGAUCAACUGCUCAUGCAGAAUUCUAUGCAACUAAUGUGUAUCCAAUGUCACAGAAAAAACACCACACGGAACACGACCUGGAUCGGAGAAGCCAGGGUUUGUCUAGGGGGGUCUUCCCGGCAGCAGUUCCUAAACCAUCGACCAUGUAACUGGGUCUUGCUUCAGGCACUCUGAUCGUUCCGUCCAUCGACUGUCCAAGUUUGCAUGAAAUAUGCAUGCGAGGAGACGGGUCAAAACAGGUUUACAAGCACACAACAGAAGCUUGUCUAUAUCGCCCAUUUCCUUUUCUUCUGAUCGUAAAAAAACACAGACCUUGUAUGCAUCAGUUACAAAAACAUCAAGUCAUCAGAUUUGAACCUGGUCUUAGGCUUGCAGUCAUCAUCUUACUUACGGUGGACCUCUAAAGGGUUCCCGACCGGAGCUCUGCAGCAAAUGCCAGUUGUUCACCCACGAGUGGGCCAUGUGGCCGCCAUGACGGAGUUUCUGGCCAUACUCCUUAACUUGGCAUCGCAAUUCAAGCCUCCUCGUUGCCAAGCACAUGAUUUGAGGAAAGGCCAGUAAGUUAGUGGACUGAUCCGAGGCGAGUAGCAAUCUGGCUGCGUUUUGCCUCGAAUAUAAGCUGCAGGCUAUAAAUGGGGUGGGUAGUGGAAGGCAUCUUCACCAUCGCGCGCGGCAUGGCUCGCGAAUCUUCGCCGCCCCAGGCGCUUGUUUCUGGCGACUAGUUCCUCCUGGCUCCGCAGCAUGGUCCCACCUCACCUCUGCCAAUCCAUGAAUGAGCUGGGGUGAAGCCAUCCGAUGCAGUAUAUCCAACUGCAGUUACAUCCUUCUCAUUGCGGACUCUUCCAUUUCCUUGGUGAUUCAUGUGAACCAUUUUGAAAAUAUAUAUAUGUGUGUGUGUGCGAGUGCAAGAGAAGAGAUGUAUUCCAUUAUUGGAGCUUGUACGAGAAGGACGAAGUUUCAUUCCAUAUUUUGGGUAAGGAAGGGUUCAAUUAACAGGAAUUGCAAUACGUUGAACAAUCUAAAGACGCAUUGGAGAACUUUUUGGAUUUGUCAUGUUUUGCAGGUCUUUCCAAAAUGGUCCAGUCAAUAGAAAAAUAAUUGAGUGUUGUGUUAGUGACGAUGCUAUUUUUUCCUUCAUUCGACCAUUGUCUUGGUCUGGUGGACUUUCCAUUAUUAUUCAAGGAGAUGAGAAUACCGCUACACUGAAUAUGAUGUAGCAAAAGCAAAUCCUUUGUGUGUCUUUAAAAACCUCGAAGGCAACUUGAUUUUGUUGAACUGUCUUCUUUUCUUCUUUAUAUCAUUCAUUGAUUUCCUAAUCUCUAAUACCUUAAUGCUGUCAUAGUUAUUAUUUUAAUAGUUGUGAUUGCUGGACUUACUGCAUGGAGUCCAUACCAUCAAUGUUCUAUUCAUUAUUAAUAGACUUUCCAUCGUUGCACUUGGACUUCACUCACAUUCACCUAACUGAAAAUAUCCCUUUAGAGUUAACAAAUGAAACAGGAACCAGAACCCCACACACACACACACACACACACAGAUAUAUAUAUAUAUAUAUACACAUAUCUGUAUGUCACUUAGUUUCAAAAUAAUGAGAAGAAGAAGACAGAUGUAUGAAUAAUGAACAAUUUGACUGCGAGAAAAGCACUAGACAAAGAGAGUCAUGAUAGUACCACUAUUGUUUGUGCAGGAGUAUGAUGGAGCAUUUUCUACGGGAAACGAAGCUCCAGGAGGAUCCUUCCUCCACCAUGGAAUGCUUCACCGCAUCACACGCUCAGCAUUGCACCCCAAGGGUUUGGCGCUCGAGCGCAGUCGGUAUAAUGGACCCUCGGAGCCCCAGACACGCCGAAGUAGCGCGGGUCCAUUUGGCCGAUCAUCACCACCAUCAUCAUCGUCGCUGCUGUUGAUGUUGUUGCCGAUAGACCUCAUCAUUCCUCUUCUUCGCGGUACACCAUGUUGCUCAUCGGUCACAGCUCUGCAGAAUGCUGAUCCUCAACUGGCCAUCCAUCCUCCAUUGAUGGCGACUUGACCUAGCUAGCUCGACUGAAAGCCCCGCUGCUGACGCGACUGCCGUAGUUUAGUUCCAGCAGGUCUAGUUGUGGCGCUAAUUGCAAUGAGUGGACCUGGUUGAGAUCGCCGUAAUAGGACUAGGCUUAGGAUGACAUGCUCCGUCUCUCGAUCUCGCUCUUCUACCUGCCGUUGAGCGUACAUUGAGGUUUUACGAGGUUUUUGUGUGUCUGGGCGGACUCGAGGUCCGAGAUUUUUGCGAAGGGUUAAUUUGGUGAACGAGUGUCCGUUGCGAUCGAGUAAGUGAUGUUGGGUAGAGUUGGUACUUUGCGACGGAAUCAUUAGUGGUGUAGCUUUGCAGAGAAGGAAGAGGGGGAGAAUUCGCUGUGCUGAUGCGGGUCAUGUUUGGACGAGGAACUGCUGUCGAAAUGGGUGUUGUGAGGAAAUUGUUGGCAACGAAAGAGAGGCGGCUGCGCGAAGGGAAGUCCAUACAAUGUCGGCGAACUCAUGAGGGGCUUGGCCCACCCAUGGAGUGAAGUGAGGACGUCAGAUCUUAGCAACCAUGGGCGGGCCGCCAUCUGCUUCGCAAAAACUAGACGGAAGAGGAGCGCGAAGAACCGGAAGAUCUGCGUCGUCUACAAUGAAGACGGAGAAGGUUGCGAGAGGGGAACGAGUCAAGCGGUCUGUCAGGCCCGUGAAAGUUAGAGUGAAUGUUGAGAAGCGUCAGGAGGUAAGCCCUGCUUUGCCGCAGCAGAUUGUUGAGAGGUCGCCAGUCAAGAAGAAUGUGGUCGACGUCCAAUCUGCUCCAUCUCUUGCGAAGCCUUCGCAUCCUCAGACGCAGAAAACUAGUUCUUUCCUGCAACCAGAGCAAUUCUUCGCAGAGUUGAAGGUCAAAUCAGAUGCUGGAAAACUUGCGGUUAACAAAACUCAACGUCUUGACAACAAACCGCGAAAGGGAGCUGCUGUGUCGUUGGGGCCACCAUCUUCUCGUCUCAAGAAGUCCGCUUAUCCUCAUGUGUCCAAUGAAAGCAAGGAUGCAUUUUCUUGUGAAACACAACCAGUUGCAAAUCGUGUUAUCAAGUCACGUACAUCUGAAAGAAACGAACAGGAAUCGCGGACAUCGCGACAAGUAGAAAAUUUGGAGUUGUUCAGCGAACCUUCGGAUUCCGUGCCGACGUUGGAACUGUGCUACCAGGGUAAGCCUGCGCCGGCGCCUGCCCAGUUGCGUACGAGGGCAUCAACGAGCCCUUCUUUAAAUUUGACACCAUUGGCAGACAAAUCGUAUCGCGCCAGGGAGACAGAAUCUUCAGCUCCAGUAGUGGUGGAUAAAAGCAGCGAAAUACUGAGAAGGUCGACUGAAGCAGUCGAUCUUCCAGGUUCUCCCCUGCUUCAGAAUUCAUCUUCUCAAGGAACAAGUGGACGCUUCUUCAAAGGAGAGAGCCCGGCCAUGAUUAAAAUGCAAAAAAUUGUGAGGAGUCUCUCUGGUAAGAAUGACAUCGUCAACUCCUCUCAUGCGAGUGAACUCCAGCCAAGCCAAUCCUCGAGUGAAACGGCUGAAGUCAGUAGUGUCAAAAGAACUGGCCGACUGCGCCGGUUUUUGAAGUCACUGGAGAGGAAGCUGGGCAAGAAGAGCUCGAAGGAGGGUUCUGGUUCGAAGAUUGGAAAGAUCGAGCAGCGGGGCAGAGUACACAAAGAGCGACAGGCUAGUGAUGGUGCUGAAAAAAUUUCGGAUCGUAACAUUCUUGAUGAAGACGUAUUGUGUUUCAGUCCAAGGUCUGAAGUAUCAAGUGUCAGCACUACUUACUCUGAAGUCAGUUCGAAGUCGCACAGUUACAAGCAAUCGCAGCACAAGAAGACACUGAAGUCCGAGGUUGUAAAGUCGAAGCUGUGGCUUCUGAGGGUUCAUCAAAGGGUUCAGGGGCGGUCGAGCAAGGAGUCGGAAGACGAAGGCGACGGCAUUUACGAAGCUUUGCGACGAGGGGCCAUGUUUUCGGAUACUGAAGAAACUACCGUAAAAGUCGAAGCCAAGAAGAUUCCUGGGAAUGGCUCUUCGGCGAAGUAUGCCUGGGAGAAGAACUCCAUCUCCAAACUGGUGGCCAAGCAUAAGCGAAAUUCCACUUGGGAUGCAGGAAAUCUAAAUCUGACAGAUCACAUCUUCUCUCCCAAGCAGCCCCAGUUGCCCUCACGCGACGCCCAGGUACUGCUCGCACCUCCGAAGAAACUCACAGGUGAUCUUCGAGACAAUGGCUCACAGCAGAGGGGGAUCAAACCCUCGCCGCUGAACACGCAAGAACAAUCGCCUACUUCGAUCGCCACCCAAGUGACAGAGAGCUCUCCAUCGUCGGUAAAGUCUCCUGCUGCUUCUGAGCAUCAAGUUGCAACUCUUGCAAGCGACUGUCUUCAAGGAAUUAGUCUACCUCUUCCUGCAUUCUCCUUUCAUGAAACACCAAGCGUAUCGUUGACUGCAAUACCUUCAGAUUGGACAGAUUCAUUCAAGUCUGCGAGAAGCUCCAUACAGAAUUCCUCUGCACCGAUUAGCCCUGAAAACUUGACCCCUUCGCAGAGAAGUAGCUUCCGAAGUUUCCCAGGGUUCAAUUCCCCGUUGCCAUUGCCGGUUAGGGCAGGGUCGGCUCCAACGAGCCCUGGCUUGUACGCCGCUGCUUGUCCUUCACCGCUCAGCCUUCCGAAAAGUCCCAGACGUUAUACAACAUUUCCAAGUAGUGGGGGAAUGCAGUGUCCUCCAGCGAGUCCCGGCGUAUACGGUGCAUCUUCAAUCAGUCCUGGGGGGGUAGAGUUUCAGAGCUCGCUAUUUUCAGGAUGGAAUGCGAACCAGCAGAAUGCAUCUCCUCAUAGUCCAGAAUUCACCACAUGGGAAAAUUUCUCCCUCGACGACAACACCGGUACAACGCAGCAAUCAGGGUUAUGGUCGCGAUCGGAUUUAGCCAUGACGCGGUGGGGGGUCAAAUCGCAGGACCCUGUGAGAACAGUGUCGGAUGAGAGAGAAAGCGCCGAGAAGCCGAGAGCGGGCGUCGGGCGAAAUGCGGUGCUGCUGCCUGCUUCACCUCGACCGCCGGGAUUGUCUUUCGAGCAGAUCGUUGCGGGCCGCAAUCGGUCGCCUCCAACCGACAACACCCUCAUGAAGUUUUUUUUCAAGUGCCGCGAAAUAGAGCACCUGAAGAAAUUCCUUGCACUCCAGAAGCGACGGUUUCUGGAGUCCUGCAACGCAGACUCAGAAAAGCGCUUUCACAUGAUAUUGUCCGAAGCGGGCGGAGGGUUGAGCUCCAUGGUAUCCACGCUUUGCACGGCGUGGCUUUUGGAGAACACGAUGGCGUCAGCGACUGCGGCAAAAUGGCAUCCGGUUCCUGUGAUGAACAUCCGUCAGAAGGAGAUGUGGGAGCAUCGGGACACUGCGUGGCUCUUCCAUGUUUGCGGCAUUGAAGCAAGUGCUGUCCUAUUCGUAGAUGAGAUUCCACCCAUCAAUGAGAAUGCAGUUGCAGGACGCGUCAAGCGAGCAUUGAUCGGCAAAGACAUCCUGGUUACAAAAGACGAGGUAGCGUCAAGCUGCACCAUUGUCUCUGAAAAAUUUCGACAGGAAGCUCCGAAGCUCCUUCAAGCCCGCUACAUGAAUACGCUUCUGUUGGCAGGAAUUCUCGUGGACACGAACAAUUUGUCAUCUGGAUCAGCAAGAGACAAGCAGCAGGCAACUAUUCUGCUCGUGGGAGCUGGGUCUAUGGGAAGAAACGGUCUGCACAACCAUCUGAUCAAUAUUCAAGACGAGAACUACGAAACCUCGUUCAUCAAAGAGACCUACGGAGAUUCCACGGCACUGACAGGGGAAAAGCCAGCUACAUCAGCUGAAGGUGGGAAUCAGCUAUCGAAGGCAACGCCAAAUGGCACUACUCUCAAUAACGACGACCAUACGGAACACCCUACGCCGCCCUCCCUAGCCUCGCCGACGCACGCCACCGACUCCCCUGCUCCGAUCUCACCCUUCUUGGCACCACCCCAGAACCCAAUCAGCAAAACCAGGUCCAACUCUGAACUCGAAGCCAAACCCGCCACCGACAACAAGCCAUCGCCGAAUAAGAAAGACAGCUCGAAGAUAACUGAUGCGUUCCGUCGGUUGAGAAAUCUAUCCAGCGUCCACUAGCAUCUCCAUCGAUAUCUCCGAACACAAACUUCGACUGCAUGCAUCGACAUAUAGUCAAUGAACCGCACAAACCGAUUGACCACUCUCGAUCGACAUCGAAACAUGUGUUUCUGAACAGCAUGUCACGCCCAUCAAUGCUUCGACGAGGACAAUCAGAUUCACGGUGAGCAAGAGUGCGUGAGCGUAGACUUUUUUGAGGCAGAACCUCGGCGUUUCACAAUCGCCACCGACAUCGACGUGCCGCAUGAAAGGUGCUGCAGUUUUCCACCGACACUCCUUUUGGUUCCACCGACACAGUUUAUAGCAUUGCUUUUUUCUUUUUUUUUAAAUAUAUAUUUUUUGUACACUUUUCAUCGUGUCUAAAGCAUAUCAGUGUGACAAUUUGCAAUCGGUGUUCAAUCUACUGCCAGCUCGUUCAUCAUUCCAUCAGUUGCUUUGUAGAAAAGCUUCAUCGGCUAGUUAGAAUGUUAUGUUAUCAGAAUACGGAAGUUGCUCCAUUGAUAGCGUGUAGGGUGAAGUUGAAUCACCGCAUGAAUUCUCUAUGGAACAUGUCUGUAUAUGUAUAUGUAAAUCAACAAAUAAAAAGGAAAUGCUGCAAUAUCCAAUUCGGUUGGUAUUUUAAGGUCAA